ACACAGUGCAAAGUGAAAACGAAGGAAAUUAGAGCCACAAUUACAGCAGAGGAUUGUGGAGGGAUUAGCGUUAGCAAGUCAAACUUGAUCAACUAAGUUUAAGUACGUACACACAUCAAUUGGACUAACCCACAUGACAUGCAUGCCUAACAUUCUCUACUAUAUAAUACAUCCUCACACAGCACAAAUGUGACACACAACAAGCAGCAAAUUUAACAGAGCAAUGGCUUCCAAGACAGCUGCAAUGAUGCUCUUCUUCUUGCUGGCUUGCUUCCUAUCUGCCACUUCCUCCCAGGCUGCAGCAAGUGUUCAUCACAAGUCCAAGACUCACGCUCCAUCCAUGGUCCUUCCAGCUCCUGCUCACGCUCCAAUGGCGAUGGCUCCUUCAUCUCAUGAACACCAUCACCAUGUCCUUCCUCCACACAAGUCUGUAGAACACCACCACCAUCGCCAUCAUCACCAUGCGCCAGAGGAGGCACCUGUUCAUCACCACUCUCAUUCAGAGAAGGCUGAACACCACCAGCAUCGCCAUCACCAUGUCUACGCUCCAGAGAUGGCACCAGCUCCACAGGAGUCUAAGCACCAUCAUCGUCAUCAUCACCACGGCCUUGCUCCGGCUCCGGCUCCUAGGGAGUUCCUUUCUUUUUUUUGGUAGAGCGAGGCUUUUAAGUGCUGUUGUGACAUGAUGAUCAAUGAUAUGAUCUGGUGGAAGACUUUGUUGCUGUGUGGUUUAGGGAAACAAUAAAUUAAGAACUUAGAAGUACUGAUGCCUUUGUGUCAGUUGGUCGCAUAUUGUCCUGUUUAUUCAGGAUUAUAGGUAUGUUUGGUCGUUUUUUUUCUUAUGUUAGAGAGUUUGAUUGUGAUCGAUCAAGUAGUGAUCAUGGCUCGUGUCUUAGUAAGGAACACUACUACUUAUCAUGGUGCUUAUCAAAGUGACAUGACCAGUUUCAGUAAUAAUCAAGACCUCUAUCAUGGUCACUGGCGGAUCCAGGGGUGGCCAACCCGGGCCCUGGUCCAGCCCUCCUCUGGAUCCGGAGUUAGUAUAGUC